CUCCCCUCCUACGAUCUCCGUCACCGCCACGCUCCUCCCGCCGCACCUCGGUUCGGCUUCGUCCGUUCGUCGCCUGCUACGCCCACGCGGCCUCGCCGGUACUGUGUCCCCGCCGGAAGGGAGAAGUUCCGGUUCUGCAGAGGAAGGAAAGGAGCGACGCGGUGACUGCGCGCGUCGUCUCCACCAACACCAGCGGCGAGAACGGCGAGCUGAGGCGGCUGUCCGGUCUGCACCCGCCUCCCGUCGCCACCGCCGGCGAGAGGAUCCCCGCGAUCCAGGAGAUGCCGCCUCUCACGACCCCCAAGUCCGGCGACGCCCUCUUCGCCAGCGUCGAUCGCGUCAAUGCGGAGCUCUUCACGCUCACGUACGGCGCCAUGGUGCGGCAGCUGCUCACGGAUCUGGAGGACGUCGAUGAGGUCAACAAGCAGCUCGAUCAGAUGGGUUACAACAUUGGAACACGAUUAGUUGAUGAGUUCUUAGCAAAGUCAAAUGUAUCAAGGUGUGCUGACUUCAAUGAGACUGCCGAUGUUAUCGCAAAGCUUGGAUUCAAGAUGUUCUUGGGAGUGACUGCAACUGUAACCAAUUGGGAUGCUGAGGGUACAACCUGCAGCUUUGUGUUGGAGGACAAUCCUCUUGUAGAUUUUGUUGAGCUCCCUGACACUUGCCAAGGCCUUCAGUAUUGCAAUGUGUUAAGUGGAGUUAUUAGGGGAGCAUUGGAAAUGGUAUCUAUGAAGACCGAGGUUACCUGGGUCCGCGACAUGCUUCGUGGUGAUGAUGCUUAUGAGAUGCGGGUGAAACUUAUCAAGCAAGUCCCAGAGGAAUACCCCUACAAGGAUGAUGAGUAGUUUGAUUCAUGGGAGUUCUUGUCGCAAGGCGUCCCUUUGCUUGUUUGGAUUUUCAUUUUCCUGUCCUAUGUGGAUCUAGUUCUGGUGUUGCAUGAUGUCACAUGAGGACACCGUGCAAUACAUUCAUAUCUGGUGUGUGUAUUGCUGAUGUAUUGUAGAGAUCUUAUAUGACCUCAAUGCUUCGAUGCUUUGAAUUUCUAGUUUGGUAAAUUCCGUCAGAGCAUUUGUGAUGCUCACGAUUGCUAACUGUGUUACCCAGAAAUAAUGCAUUAUUUUCAGCCUGAUUUA